UGAAGAUCUCUCUCUCUCUCGUAACUACCGUGAUGUUGUAUCUCUUUUGCGUUCUUUUGGUUGGGUUCAUUGCUGGUGGGAAGUUGGUCCUCUCUUUUUAGUUAAAGACUUAAAUUCAAGCGUCGCCUCUGCUGCGGCACCUCAGCAUUAAUGGCGGCGUUCUCCUAGGUUUUGUUUCGGAUCUGAAGACAAUUCUCUGUGUUCCGUACUCCCUUCUCUCAAUCUCUAAUGUGUAACUGCUCGGCAGUGUUUUUGGUUCUUCGGUUUAGUGCAACCAAUGGAUUCAAAACCAUUGGUUCAAAGAGCCAAUACCGGUGGGUGAGUUUGAAACCUUCAUUUUGAAUCAAAUCAACCAACUUUAUUGCAGCCUCUGCUUAAAAGCACUAUUCAGUCAUGGUUCUUGGUCUACGAACAAAGACUAGAAAGGGUACACCUGUCCAUACUGAGUACAUCAUCCAUAUAUUGGACAUCAAACCAUGGCCACCUUCUCAAUCUUUGAAAUCUGUGCGCUCAGUACUACUUCAGUGGGAAAAUGGAGAACGGCAUUCUGGAUACACAAAAAAGGUUGUGCCUUCCAUUGGAUCUGGUUCAGACGGCAAGAUUGAAUUCAAUGAGUCCUUUAGGCUACCAGUCACUUUGCUGCACGAGUUGUCUGUCAAGGGUGUUGAAUUGGAUAUAUUUCAGAGGAACUGUUUGGAACUGAACUUGUACGAACCUCGUAGAGACAAAAUUGUAAAAGGCCAGCUAUUGGGUACUGUUCUGAUAGACCUGGCUGAAUAUGGAUUGAUCAAGGAUCCCAUAAAUAUAACUGCUCCCAUGAACUGCAAGAGGAGCUAUAGGAACACUUAUCAACCAAUGCUACACAUGAAAAUUCAGCCAUAUGAAAGAGAUAGUGGCAGCUCCUCAUCAAGAGAUUCUGUACCCAAGGGGAUUUCGUCAGAUAAGGAUGGUAAGGAAUCAGUUUCUGCUCUUAUGAGUGAAGAAUAUGCUGAAGAAGCUGAAAUUGCAUCCUUUACUGAUGAUGACAUUUCCUCUCAAUGCUCUCAAACAUCACUGCCCAAGUCUCCACCUUAUUCAGCAGAGAACACAGAUAUAGUGUCUCUUAAGUCUGAGGAUUCUUGGAGUGUCAGAAACUUGGAUGAAGAGAAUGCUGAAAAAUCUUCUGAGGACUCAGCAAAGUCUGAUAGGAAAAAUGACUUUCUUGUAAAAGAAGUGCAGGCACAGCCUGACAUGAAUCUGUCUAUGAAGGUAAAUGGAACAAGUAAUUCACAUGAAGCUUUUACUCCAGAUCAUAGAAAAUCAUCUAAAAUGACAUUGGAAGAAGUAUCUUUAGGUAGUGAGUGCCCAGAAAUUAAUGGACAGUCUGAAUCUGCACAUUUGAAACAGAAUGUGACCACAAUUUCAGACAUAUUAUUAGCUAUACGCACAGGCUCUUUAUUAUCAGAUCCCGAUAAUGUAGAAUCUGAAGCUAGACUAGCUAAUAGCGCAAAUGUUGUCAAUGCAAGAGUGGUGAAGGAAGGGACUCCAGGGCAAAGUAAUGAGAUUGCCUCAGGCACACCAGUAGUACCAAAAGAUUUUGAUAAAGACAUUGAAAAAGGAAAUGCUGCCUCCAAGAUGGCAGAAAACCAAAUGACUGCAAAGAGUGACAGCAGAAUAGAUCAUGUACACAAAAAUUGCGGAGGAGAGCUUUGUAGUACUGGUUUGGAGAUGGGAGACAACAGGACUAUUGGAAAUGGUGUCAACACAAAAGUAGUGGUGCUGAAGGCUCCAGGUGACAAUGAUAAGACUGUAAUGCACACUGAAGUGGUACAAGAAGUUCAUGAUUACAAAGAAAGUGGAAAAGGACCUGCAGACACUGGUUUGGAUAAUGCACAUAACCACAUAAAUGAAGACAGUCUCAUUUCAAAGGGGAUGCUGCAGAAUGCACCAGGGGAUAAUAGCAAGAUCGUGUCUGGGAACUCAGUAAGGCCUAAUUGUUAUGAUUACAAAGAGGGUGGAGAAUGUCCGAGUAUGGUUUCGGAGAUGUCAGACAAUCAAAUAACUGCAAACAAUCCUGCCACAAAAAUGAUGGUGCUGGAAGCUGCAGGGGAUAACAAUGACAUUGCAUCAGGCACCUCGGUAGGACAAAAAACUUAUGACUGCAAAGAAGGUGGAAGAAUUGUGGCUGGUUCAGACACAGUCAGCAAUGGUGUUAUAGUAGAUAUAGGUGAUUUAAAAGUUGAAGAAGAGGCUGAAGAAAAAGAAGAAAGAAACACUGUAGAAGGAGGUGAAAAUAACAAAGGAGUGCAGACAGAUAGCCUGGUGCUUGCAGAAAUCAUUAGUUUUAGUAAUGGAGAUGGAGAAAAUGCUAAUCAACGCAACAAAAGUGCAGCAGAGGAUGGAGAUACUGUCCAUGCAGAUGAGACUAGUGAUGAUGAAAAAGAAAUACCUCAUUCUUCAGAGACUUCGAAAGGGCUUGAACUGAAUGGAGAACUGUGUGAUGGAACAUAUUCAAAUUCUUCUGUAAAGUCUAUGGAGGGGGAGACAUCUGAUGAUCAGCUGUUUAAAGUUUCAGAAGGCACUCAUAGAAAUCAAGUGAGUUCUUGUGCUAAGGAGGUUCCUGAUGGUGGUGUUUUAGGGUCAAAGGUCCACAAUUCCAUUGAUAGUGGGCUAAAGCAUGGGAAUAAGUCUGUCAGAACAGUCCAUGACAAUUCAACAAGCAUGACAUUGGGGAAUACUGACCUAUUUGUGCAGAAAAGGGCAGGACGUAGUAGUAAAAGGAACUCCAACAGAACCAGAAGAUCUGAGAAAAUGCAUAGCAGAUCAGGUGCUGCUGAAGUGGAUGGUUCAAGAGAGGCUUGUGAAACUGUUUGUAACAGCAAACUCCAAGGAUUGGCGCACAGAAUUGAAGAACUUGAAUCUGAGUUGAGAGAAGCAGCUGAGCUUGAGGUUGCACUUUAUUCAAUAGUUGCAGAACAUGGAAGUUCAGUACACAAGGUUCACACUCCAGCUCGCCGUCUUUCAAGGAUGUAUAUUCAUGCUUACAGGAACUGGUCUAAAGAAAAGAGGGCCAGUGCUGCAAGAAGUAUGGUUUCAGGACUAGUAUUGGUUGCCAAAGCCUGUGGAAAUGAUGUUGCAAGGUUGAUGUACUGGUUGUCAAAUUCAGUUGUCUUGAGGACAAUUAUUUCUCAAGGCUUUGGUGAUUCUGGCAUGCGAAGUGAAAAUGGACCACAAAUUGAUACUACUGGAAAUAGAAAGGGAAAAACUUCUAGCUUGAAGUGGAGGGAUACUUUUAUUGACAAAAAGAAAGACAUUUCUCUAUUCAGUCCAAUGUUGGUGGAAUGGCAGGAUCCCAACACAUUUACUGCUGCCAUAGAAAAAAUUGAAUCCUGGAUAUUCAGUCAAAUAAUUAAAUCUAUUUGGUGGCAGACCUUGACUUUAUAUAUGCAAUAUCCUGUUGAUGAGAAAAAUGUUCAACUGAGAAAAUUUGUUGGAAAGAUGUCAAAUUCAGCAGCUGAUCUGGGAGGAAACUUCUCAAUUAGCCUGUGGAAGAAGGCAUUCCAAGAUGCCUUUGAAAGGCUUUGUCCUGUUAGAGCAGCAGGCCAUGAAUGUGGGUGCUUGCCACUUCUGGCAAAACUGGUCAUGGAACAAUGUGUGGUUUGGCUGGAUAUAGCUAUGUUCAAUGCCAUUCUGCGUGAAUCACCUGAUGGCAUUCCAACUGAUCCUAUCUCUGAUCCAAUUAUUGGUUUCAAGGUUCUUCCAAUUUCACCUGGGAAUCUGAGCUUUGGUGUGGGUGUGCAGUUGAAAAAUUCUAUUGGAACCUGGUCUAGAUGGCUGACUGAUCUUUUCGGUAUUGAUGAUGAUGAUUCUCUUGAAGAUAUGAAUUGCUAUGAUGAUGAGAGACAAAAUUCUGCAACAUCAUUCAAGUCAUUCCAUCUGCUUAAUGCGCUUAGUGAUUUAUUGAUGCUCCCAAAGGAUAUGCUUUUAGAUGCAUCUAUCAGGAAAGAGGUAUGUCCGACGUUUGCUGCACCUCUCAUAAAACGAAUUCUGUGGAAAUUUGUGCCUGAUGAGUUUUGUCCUGACCAAAUUCCUGAGGCUGUUCUUGAAGCACUUGAUUCUGAGAAUGUGCAGAACCUUCUAAAUGAACAGCUGCCAUCAGCUGGAACUGAGCAAAUAACCAGCUACCCAUGUAGUGCAGCUCCAAUCAAUUAUUCACCACCACCAGCAUCAUCUGUCUCCACCGUCAUUGGAGAUGUGCAAAGCCACAUAAAACUUAAAAAGAACACUUCCUUGGUUUUAAGAAAAUGCCAUAUAAGCGAUGACGAGCUUGAUGAGCUUGAUUCACCACUCACAUCCAUCAUCGAUAAGGUGCCAGCUUCACCAUCAAAGGACCCUGCCGCUGGCCCCAUCUUACCAGAAGAUAUCAGCACUAGUGGUAGGGGAAAUACUAGCAGGUACCAGCUUCUGCGCGAGGUAUGGCUUGAUGUGGACUGAACAGCUUAUCUCAUCUUCUAUCACCUCUUAAGAGUAAUUUUGGUUGUCACAUUCCUCUCAUGUCCUUUUCGUAUUGUAUAUCCCUGUUCUUCAAAUAAUUUAAGCUGUGCAGACGUGGACUUUCUUCUGCCCAUUCAAGUAAUGCUUGGCCUAAUUUUUUGUUGUAUAGAAUAAUGCCAGUAAGAGUGGGAAAAAAAAAGAAGUAGCAUCUUGCAUAUUUUUCUUGCU